UCCCGGCUACCGUAGACAUUCCUCCGCUGUCAGUUGUGUGCGGUGACAGACAUCCAUCGGCGAGCCACCAAUCCUGCUCCAAGUCUAAACUAUGGAAGAGAUUAACAACAUUGAAGUCGUUCCGUGCACAGAGUCCGACUACCUGAAACCAUUCCGGGUAAACUACAGCCAGAAUGGCACAAAGAAAUCCUGGGACUUCAUGCGAACCCAUGACAGUGUUUCAGUGCUGAUCUUCAACACCAGCUCACACUGUUUUGUCCUUGUUAAGCAGUUUCGUCCAGCUGUUUACAUGUGUGAGUGGGAAAAAUCCAAGACGCAGCCACCUCAGUCCGCUGACAAAACUGAGGAGGGUGCAGCCGAAGCAACGGCCCCCGCUUCAGAGUCUCAGGAGGGCCAGUCAGCCUCAGAAGGGGAAGACUCCUCCAAGUGGCCCCCAGCCUCCGCGGGGGUCACCUAUGAGCUCUGCGCCGGCCUGGUAGACAAACCUGACCUCUCCCUGGAGGAGAUCGCCCGACAGGAGGUGCUGGAGGAGUGUGGCUAUGAUGUGCCUGCCUCUAAACUCAAGAGGAUUACUUCCUACAGGUCAGGCGUAGGUGUAACGGGUGCUAAGCAGACCAUGUUUUAUGCCGAGGUGUCCGACGACAACUGCGUGGGCGCAGGUGGAGGUGAGCCCAAGGAGGGAGAGCUUAUCGAGGUGGUCAAAGUCCCGCUGCACGAGGCCAUGACGUUUGCCUACGACGAGCGUAUACCCAAAACCAUGGGUGUCAUUUUUAGUUUCAUCUGGUUCCAUAAUAACAUGUCUCCCAAGUACAAGAUCUCUACCAAUGUGUAACUAGUAUUUACCAACAAUCUUUUUACGGCUUAUUCAAAUUAAAUCAAACACUGGCCCAGCACAUAAUCCACUCUUCCCUUUAUCGCUCCUUAUCCUGUGUUGCCUUUUUUCUUUUACUUUUUUCUUUUGCUUAUUGGUACAUGAUAAAAGGUGGGCCCCUUGUCUUGUUGCCAACAGAUAACGUUAAGUUUGAUCCUGUUUACCUGUUCAGUACAGUGUGGUCUUAAUCUUUCCCUUAAAACUAAUUUGCCACUGCUGGAUGUCUCUGGCACUUUUGUCUGAUCUUGUUUCUUUUUCAUUUACUGUGCCAUCUAUUAUUAAUGGCAGCAUAUCCCUAUUUUUUUUUUACCUGCCUGCCCUUGGUUAAAGGAAUAUUCCACUGCUUUCUGUGGAGGCUGAAAGUUUCCUGUAGUGAAAAGUACUUAAAAACUGCUUAUACAGGCCAAGAAAGUCUUGCAAUUGUUGCUUAUGGUUAAACUGUUUCCACCAUUCUUAUAACAUCCAGGAUUCAGUGCAAACUCUGUGUAAAACUAUGAAGCUAACCAGCCACUGUUAAGCCUUGUUUGCUAACAUUUUAGCAUGCCAGUAUUUGCAUUUGUUGUUAUCCAAACAUCUCAAGUGUUCCAGAGAAAUAUUGCAUCGACUAUAACUUCACAUCUUAUUUUUCUACCAGACAUAUCUUGAAGUAUUAAAACAGAAUAGAGUCAAAGUGGCCUUUUUAAGUUUUGUAUUUUUUACUCUGUGAAACCUCUGUAGUAUCUUUGCGUAAUUAAAAGUGAAAAAAAAGCAUUGUUUAUCACGUGUCUGUAAAAAAAUUUCAGUUCUGCUUCUGUCUAACACAAGUAAUUUCAAGUAAUGUCCCUUUAAGGCCCUCUUCCUUCAAGUCUACUGUGCUCUGAUUGGCAGUUUCUUGGAUCCUAUUGCUAUUGUUGUUGAAUUCAGACUAUGAAUUUGGAUCAUUCUACAUACUACCUGUGACACCAGAUUUUGUUUGAAUAUUGUGCAAAUAAGCACUUUUGGAAACAGCCCAAAUAUGGAGUUCAGUGGCUUUGUGACGCCACAAAAUUCCCAUGGUAGAAAUUAUGUCUUGAAUCUCAAUGCCUGAGCUUUGACUAAGCAUAUCUUUAUACGCUGAUCUGAAAUGUUUCUGACAUUUGGUAGUAGUAUAUAACAAGAUAUGCAUGUCAGAGUAUGGAACAGCAUAUCUUCUUAAAGUGAGCAGUGGAGUAUUCCUUUAAGCCAUGAUCCAGUAAUGCAGAAACUAUGAUAGUUAAUGGUCGGGCCUCACAACGUUUGAGGUGUACGAUGGUUUUAACUGCCACUUAAACAAGAAACCCCUGUUUAUUUCUCUGACCUACAGCCCUCAAGUAAUCCUUAACCUGAUACCCUUGGGUAAAACAAUUACUCUCUACUGAUAUCAGCCCAUUGACCUUAUAUAUUGAAGGACAACAUGUCUCAAGAUUCUCUUGUUGUUUAAAAAUGAAGCUAAAAUACUCCCUGUGACAGGCGCUGUUGUCAUUUUGAGACAGUAGACCCUUUCCAGCAUUGACAAAUGUCUGGCACUAUGACUAGGGGUUGACCGAUUAUCUGAUUAUUUCCAAAGGAUCUGGCUGCAGACCUCAAUUGUGGGGUUUUUAGCUGCAGACCUCUUCAAUGGGGCUACCUCAACCGUGGGGCGGGAAGUGACGUACAUUAACCAAGCUGCAACCAGAAUGACAUACUAAAUUCUGAUAUUUCCUGCUAGCUGUCAGAGGUUACAGUAAGUGUCCAAGUUUCACAACUGUUUUAUUUUAUGAAUGAAAAUUUAAAAAAUUACUGAGAGGGCACAUUUGAAUUUAACACACCAUAAACUAA